AUGGACGGGCCGGCGGUGCUGUCGAUGCCGCCGUUGACCGCCUCACAGAAAUCGGCACAGUCGCCGCAGCCGCAACCGCACCCGAAGCAGAAUCAGGAGUUGCAGGUGGGUACCGUGUCGCUGUACGGGAUCCACAUCGUGUCGCUGGUGAUCGAGGGCCAAGAGAGGCUCUGCCUGGCGCAGAUCAGCAACACCCUGCUUAAGCAGUUCAGCUACAACGAGAUUCACAAUCGCCGGGUGGCGUUGGGCAUCACCUGUGUCCAGUGCACCCCGGUGCAGCUGGAGAUACUCCGUCGGGCGGGCGCGAUGCCGGUGUCGUCGCGUAGGUGCGGCAUGAUCACUCGCAGGGAGGCCGAGCGCCUCUGCAAGUCCUUCCUCGGCGACAACGCGCCGCCCAGAUUGCCGGAGGACUUCGCGUUCUCCGUCCACCACGAGUGCGCCUGGGGCUGUCGCGGCGCGUUCCUGCCCGCCCGCUACAACAGCUCCCGCGCCAAGUGCAUCAAGUGCACGUACUGCGGCCUGUUCUUCUCGCCGAACAAGUUCAUCUUCCACUCGCACCGACUCAGCCCGUCGGACAAGUACGUGCAGCCGGACGCGGCCAACUUCAACUCCUGGCGCCGGCACAUGAAGCUGUCCGGUAGUCCGCCGGACGAGGUGGUGCACGCCUGGGAAGACGUCAAGGCGAUGUUCAACGGCGGUACCAGGAAGCGGCUGUUGGGCAACGCGAACGCCCGCGAGUCGCCGAGCCCGGCGAAGCAGCCUAGGUCCUCGCCGACCACCGCCGCGCAGAUUCCCACCCUGGUGCCGACGCCAGCGCAUCCGCGGGUGCCACCGUUCCCGGAGCUGCCGCUGCCGCUGUCCAGGAGCCUCGUCAUGGACUACGUGUGGCAUCAGCACCAGCAGGCGGCGGCGGUCGCCGCGGCCAAGACGCCCGGCUUCGCCUUUCCGCCCUACGCUCUCCCUUGGCUGGCCAAGAGGGGCCCCGUCCUGUUCCCCGGACCGCUGCCGCCGCCAAUAAGCGGCUCCAGCCCCACGGAACCUUUGAUUCCGACCGUUAACCCGUCGCUACAUCAAUCGGCUUUCCGUCCGGUAAUCCGUGGGCCACCCAUCGUCGAGCAGCUGAUGCCGGAGCGGGCGACGGACGCCGGCAAGGAGGAAAACUCCGACGACGAGGUCGACAUCGAGACGACGGAGGACGACCCGGUUACGCCGCUCAACGCGAGUCUGCAGAAUCUCCACUCGGCCUCGAAUUCCGCCAUGAGCAGCCACAGCGGACGGAGUACGUCGCCACAGUGCUGGAGUCCCCCGCGAGAGACGGAACGGGAGGCGGAGAAGAUCGCGGAGGAAGCCGCGGCUCUGCGCGACGUGAAGACGGAACUGCCGCCGGCGAGGAGUCCAGAAAGCUGGCACGGCAACCCUUAUUAUCGGCAUCUCAGUGUUCUCAAGGGAAACGAGCCGGCGGCGGAAAGGGCGAGUUCCGAUUGCUCGGCUUGUCGUCCACGUAUGUUUUACGGCCAAGUCCACAGUCCGUCCGCGCCGACCAAUUAA